CUUGAAACUCCCGGACGACUGGAUCAAGCGAGUCUUUUGUUUAUUGUCCUUGUGGGAGGUCUCCACAGCUUCAUUGAUCGGCAGGAAACGCUAAGCCUGGUGUUUGCUAAGCAAGAUCAGAUGUUGAUCAGAAGAAACUCAGUCGGUGGAGGGAGAAACCUAGAGAAACGCAGCGGAAGCGGCGCGGGACUCGAGAAGUCCUUUCCCAGCGGGAAAAAGUUUUUGCUCAGUUUCAGAAAACAGCUUCAGGUUCACCCAAUAAUCUUCACGCUUCAUUUCCUCCUCUCCCGUUUUCAGAUUUAAUCCUCGAGCCUUACUGAUCUCACUAUUUAUAAACUCUCCAGUCAGAGAAAGCAUCCCCCCAGUAUCUGACGAAGAGUCACCCAGACUCGAAACGUUAGCCUGGUGUCUCUGACCCGCUGCUAUCGCCAGCAUUUACUGUUUUGCUACCAACCAGCACCAAAGUUCAGCUUCAAUUCCAACGCACUUGAAACAGUCGCAGCUUAAAAUCCAGGAUGUUCUCCCAUAAGGAAAACUCGCUCCCUGCAGAUCUCCGUGGAGAAGCUGGAGAGUCAGAGUGGAUGAAGCGUGGAGCUGGAAAAAAGUAGUGGGGAAGAGGAGUCGACGUUUCAGGUUGGAAACUUUCAUGGGCAGAUUUCCGCCUUCUCUUCCUCUCUCUCUCUCUCUGGCCCAGCCCAGUGUUUACAUUCCAUGAAAUUUCACACUCUCGGCCAGGGUUCAACACCAGGAUUUGAGCUAAAAGGGAGAGGUUGAAUAGGCUACCGCUGUUUUCCCUGGAGCGUCGGAAGCUGAGGGGUGACCUUAUAGAAUUUAUAAGGAGGCAUGGGAUUGGAUAAAUAGAUAAAGAUUUUCCGAGGGGUGGGCGAGUCCAGAGCUAGAGGGCAUAGGUUUAGGGUGAGAGGGGAAUGAUAUAAAAGAGACCAAAGGGGCAACUUUUUCAUGCAGAGAGUGGUACGUGUAUGGAAUGAGCUGCCAGAGGAUGUGGUGGAGGCUGGUACACUUGCAACAUUUAAGAGGUAUCUGGAUGGGUAUAUGAAUAGGAAGGGUUUGGAAGGAUAUGGGCCGGGUACUGACAGUUUGGACGAGAUGGGGUUGGGAUAUCUGGUCGGCUGGACCGAAGGGUCUGUUUCCACGCUGUACAUCUCUCUGACUGUGAAUCUACGAUCAGCCCUAUUUCUUCUUCAACAUAUUGACAUUUCUUUACUUCCUGUCAAAGUAUCAAUAAGACAGACAAGCUUAAGGUAUUCGAACCUGUGUAUUCGUCGGGGAAUCGUUGAAGUGAAUGUGUUCACCAGCGCGUCAUCAUCCACAGUAAAACCGAUUUGAAUCAGGAAGUACUGAGGGUGAACAUGGCGUCCAGACAGCAGGGAGAGAGUUGGACCGAGGAGGCAGUUUGUGCCAUUUGUCUGGAUUUCUUCACCGAGCCGGUUAUACUGGAAUGUGGGCACAACUUCUGCCGCUCCUGUAUCACCCAGAGUUGGGAAAAGAAGGAGAAAAACUCCUGCCCGGAAUGUAGAGAGGAGUUUCCGGAAAGAAACCUCAGGGUAAAUCGGGCCUUAGCGAAUCUGGCGGAGAAAGCUCGAAAAUUAAAGCUGGAUCCGAAAGACAAGGAAAGUAAACCUCACUGUGAGGAACAUCAGGAAGAUCUAAAGCUGUUUUGCCGAACUGACAAGAAAUUGCUCUGUGUGUUUUGUGUCACUGCGGAACACAGAGAGCACCGUUUCAUCCCGAUUAAAGAGGCUGUUGAAAUCUACAAGAAUAAGCUGAAAUCUUCCUUAGAUUCUCUCACAGAGGCGACAUCGGAGGCUCUACAAAUCGAACUGACCCAGAAACGGAAGAUUUCCGAAGUGAGGGAACAGGCGAGCAGUCUGCAGACCCACAUCACAUCCGAGUUCACUAAAAUGCACCAGAUUCUCACUGAGAAAGAGCAGCGUUUACUCAGAGAUCUCAGGGAAGAAGAGGAGAGGACUGUAGAAACAAUGGAGCAAAAUCUUCGAGAGAUUCAGGAGUAUUUACAUUCUAUUGAGGAGAAACUCUCAGAGUUGCAGAAACAGAUGGAGCAAAAGGACGAUCUGAUAUUUCUGAAGGAGGAAGCUUGUCGGAAGAAAAGCAAGUUUACUGUGGAUGUGAGCGAAUGCUCAGCUGCUGAUAGCUCUCUGUCUCUCAGACAGUUCGCCGGCCCUUUACAGUACACAGUCUGGAGAGAAAUGAUACACACCAUUCACCCAGCUCCAGCCCCUGUGACUCUGGAUCCGAACACAGCGCAUCCCCGGCUCAUCCUGUCUGAGGACCGGACCAGUGUGAGACUCGGAGACAAACGGCAGCCGCUCCCUAACUCCCCGGAGAGAUUUGUUCCCUGGGAAUGUGUUCUGGGAUCAGAGGGAUUCACAUCAGGGAGACAUUACUGGGAGGUGGAGGUGGGGGAGAAGACGGAAUGGUUUCUGGGUGUGGCCCGAGAGUCUGUGGAGAGGAAAUGUGAGGAUGACCCAAGCCUGGAGACCGGAGUCUGGGCUGUGUGGCUGUUACCAGGAUGUGGUUAUUUUGCUGCCACCUCCCCCUCUGAAAUUCCCCUCUCCCCGAGUGUGAAUCUCCGGAAGAUCGGGAUUUUCCUGGACUAUGAGGGUGGACAGGUGUCAUUUUACAAUGCGGACACCAUGUCCCAUCUCCACACUUUCACCCACACUUUCACGGAGAGGCUCUUUCCCAUCUUCUAUCUGGGAGAGCAUGACGAUGGGAAAAACUCCGGCCCACUGACAAUUUGUGGGAUUAAAGGGCACUGACAGAUCCAUCCCAUAAUUCCACCCCGUCCCCCUGCCUCCUGCCAGCUGUAAACUGAUGGGGGUCGGUCUCAGUCACAGGUGGAGAGAGAAGCCAGGUUAACAUUCUGGAAAUAAACCCUGUAUCAGAACUGGGAACUGAAAGAUCAGCAAGGAGCUGUGUAGGGCUGGGAGAAAGAAGGAGGGUUGUUCUCAUGCUGCCUGGGUCAUUAAAUUGUUUUUUUUGUUAAUUUGUUUUGUUUCUUGGAAGCAUAACAGAAAUGUCAUAUUGAUUUUGUUCAGACUCUCACCAUGUUGCCGUAAUGUAUAUUACACAUGCGACACAAUGACACUGAGAAGCAACUUGUUUUGCUCAGGCCUGUAAAUAUUGUCCAGCAUGUCACUACUCUGUCAUCAAAUGGAGGAAAGGAAUCUCCUCUGUCUGUGGGAGCCUAUUUAAAAUUAGAGUCAGAAUAUGUCUGAGAAGUAUUUGAAUAUCCACAUGGGGUGAAAUUGCUGGAAAUAUUGAUUUGCAAACCAUUUCAGAUUUGAAAGUGGGGGGUGAACUGAUUUUGGACGUCAUGAUCAGAUAUUGAACCAUUUUAAAUACAGUUAAGUUGGUGCACACUGGAAAGUAACUGUGGUUACAGUUUUCAUUAAUUGCCUGAUUUAUUGGCUGUCUUCAUUGUGUCUAUCAGUGAAAUAAUCCUUCAAUCACCACCAUGUAAUCAUCUGUUUUAUCAAAAGCAUGAAUCAAACACUGUCUAUCUGUGACCUUGUUAAUAUUGUCCCUGUAUGUGCUGAAUUAUAAUUUAUAUGAUGUGUUUUCUGGCACCAACAAAGCACUGACAAUCGCCGAAUGGGCAUUUUCCACUCGAAUUAUUCUCAUUCUUGGAAGGCACAAUAAAAAUA